CGAUCCCAUUCAUUCAAUAUUGAUUUCCGUGUAGACCAAUCUACGUCUCCAGAGAAUCGUCGACCGCAUAAUUUCUCCACAUCCGCGCUGUAAAAUCAAUUACAAUUAAUCAUCGCUGACAAGCGACGUCAUCCGGUUCGCCAUCAGAAAAAGGAAGAAGCUAAGAAAAGAUUCAAAAAAGGAGAGACGAAUAAGCAGCGAAGGCGGUAGGAUCGUCGCGGAACAUUCUAUUCUACAACGCACCCGCGUAUAUAGGUGGCCGGAGAGGGAGAACUCUGCGCCUAUUCAUUCAUUUGUUGAAUUGAAAAGAAGAGCAAUUGCUUUGACUAUUAUUCUAACUUGCAACAAUCCGCCGCCGCUUCUCUUGAAAUCGAGGGUGAAUUGUAUGAGCAUAGUGCUGAGGAGGUGUUGGAGACCGGCGAGAGUGAAGAUGGCGGAAGAGAUUAAUUCACCUUCUGCUGCUGCGGCGGCGGCGGCCGCCACCGCGGCUGCUUCGGAAAAGAAGAAGAGAUCGCUAUGGCCGUCUGUUCUGCGCUGGAUCCCUACUUCCACUGAUCGCAUCAUCGAAGCCGAGAAGCGCCUGCUUUCUCUUGUCAAGACUCCCUAUACUCAAGAGAGAGUUAAUAUUGGUUCCGGUCCGCCGGGGUCCAAAGUUAGGUGGUUUAGAUCCGCUAGCAAUGAGCCGAGGUUCAUAAAUACAGUUAGUUUUGACAGCAAAGAGGGAUCUCCUACUCUUGUUAUGGUUCACGGAUAUGGUGCUUCUCAAGGCUUCUUUUUUCGCAAUUUUGACUAUCUUGCCAAGCACUUCAGAGUCAUUGCCAUUGAUCAGCUUGGGUGGGGAGGAUCUAGCAGACCUGACUUCACAUGCAAAAGUACAGAAGAAACUGAGGCAUGGUUCAUUGAUUCUUUUGAGGAGUGGCGCAAAGCCAAAAACCUGACUAACUUUAUUUUACUCGGGCAUUCAUUUGGAGGGUAUGUUGCUGCAAAAUAUGCACUCCAGCAUCCUGAGCAUGUUCAACACUUGAUACUGGUGGGAUCUGCUGGGUUUACAUCAGAAACAGAACACAAGUCAGAGUGGCUUACACAGUUUAGAGCAACAUGGAAAGGAGCUAUUAUGAAUCAUCUAUGGGAGUCUAAUUUUACCCCUCAGAAGCUUGUUAGAGGUUUAGGUCCAUGGGGCCCAGAUCUAGUUCGCAAAUAUACAGGUUCUAGGUUUAGUUCAGCUGGGGAUGGUUUGACCAAUGAGGAGUCUACGCUACUGGCAGAUUAUAUGUACCACACUCUGGCAGCCAAAGCAAGUGGGGAGCUGUGCUUAAAAUAUAUUUUCUCCUUUGGAGCAUUUGCUCGGAGUCCUCUUUUACAUAGGGCUUCGGAGUGGAAGGUACCGACAACCUUCAUAUAUGGUGUUCAUGAUUGGAUGAAUUACGAAGGAGCAGUAGAAGCACGCAAGAAUAUGAAAGUUCCAUGUGAAAUCAUAAGGGUACCUCAGAGUGGGCAUUUUGUGUUUAUAGAGAAUGCACCAGAUUUCCAUUCUGCUGUAUACUAUGCUUGUCGUAGAUUUCUUUCAUCAGACCAAGACAAUCAGUCAUCAAAUCAAGACAAUCAGUCACUUCCUGAAUCCCUAUUAUUUGUUUAAUCAAAAAGGUUGUCAUGUUAUAGUCCUGGAAUUAGUGUGUAAUAUCCUAGUUAGUUCUCUUAAUCUUCUAUAUAAUCUGUGUCAUUAUCUUCUAUGGCAAGAAUAGCCACGUGUAUGAGAUUUCUUUCUAGUACAUAAUAUUACACAUUUCAUUCAAGAUAUGCCCAUUCUAUAGUAA